AUGGAUGCCAACUGCGACAGGAAUAAAGUGCUGAUUGCGUUCGAGACAGGCGCUGGUGAGGGCAACGUUGGCAGAACAGAAGCAUUGGAACGCAUCUUUGGCCUGGAUGCAGAUAAAGCUCAAGACAACAUCGUGAAAAAUCUGACCUGGAGCACCAAAUACUACCAAUCGCAGUACGAUCUGUACGUUGAUGAGUUCGAGGAUGUCUCAGACUGGUUGAAGGAGCUGAAUGGGGCGCAUUGCGAAGAGCUGAGAGCUGCCCUGGCUGGAGUUAUCGUGAUGAAGAGCUUCGAUCCCGAGGAUCAGACAAGCACAGCUGUGCUGGAACAGUUUUCCAGCAUUCAGGGUGCCGGCAGCUUCCUGGUAUGGUGCAAUACGAGCCAAGUAGUUGGCGAGGGAACGUUGGACCGUGCAAACAGCACCAUGGCUCGUAGCAACGCCAACGCCGAAAUGGUAAGCUGGCACUGCAGUCGAAGCAUGAACGAAUAUGGGGAGAAGGUCGGGCCUGCCAGAAUAAGAGAGAUCAUAGACACGCACGAGUGGGCGAACACCCACACUGCAGCGACUUCCAACCCAGCACUCCCGCAGUUCGAAGAGAGACAACCGCUCAGGACAGACAACCUAGCGGCCGUCGUUAACAAGUUACAGAAGGCUAGGCAGCAGUAUCAAAGCCUGGACGACGAUGGCGAGGCGUCCUCCUUUGCCGCGGCGAUCGCAGAAGAGAUAGCAGAGCUGCUGUAG